AUGGGCGCGGCGGGCGCGUCAGACGAGUACUCGCCGCCGCUGCUGGCGCGGCUGCUGCACGCGCUGCCGCACAUCAAUGUGACGCUGCACCGCGUCAACGAUACCUUCGCGCCCAACUCGCCCAUAUACCUCGAGAGCUUGGGAAUUCUCGGUUCUAUACCCGGCGCGUGGCUCAUCUUAACUCUGACGGUGCUCCUCAUAUACCUGCUCACAAGAUGUUGCGACAGAAAGCAACGACCACCGAAAAGUAUUACCGCUCUCAAAAUAACACUGAUGAUUUUGUCAGUGUUAUGCUGCGGCGCGAUCGGCGUCGGUCUAUUUGGUAACGAUGACCUCCACAAUGCGAUGCUACAGAGCAUCCAGGCUGGCAACCAGCUUGCGGCUCUGGUUAACACGGUUAAGAACCAGUCGAGUAUCCUAGAGGAGGCGAUGGGGUCGCGCGCGCGGGCUCCGCUGGCGCGGCUGGCGGACGCGCUGGACGCGCCCGUGGCCAACCAGACGGCGCUGGGCACGCUGCUGCGCGCGCUGUCCGCGCUGCGGAACAACGCCAGCGCCGCCGUGUCCGCCGCCGACAACCUGCGCCGCCCGCUCGCCGCGCUGCACCUCGACGACUUCAUGAAGCGGCUGUGGGUGUGGGAGGCGGCGCGCUGGGCGGGCGGCAUGGCGGGCUGGUGCUGCGGCGGCGCCGUGUGCGUGGCGCUGCUGGCCGCCGCCGCGCGCCGCUCGCGCCGCGCGCUGCUGCUGCUCUGCGUGUGCGCGCUGGGCGCGCUGGUGGCGUGCUGGGCGGCGGGCGCGGCGCUGGCGGCGGGCGCGGUGGCGGCGGCCGACGCGUGCCAGGACCCCGCGCGCGCGCUCGCGCUGCACGCGCCGCACCGCCUGCCCGUCGACAUGGUGCACUACUACCUGUCGUGCAAGGUGUCGCGCGAGAACGUGCUGACGGCGGAGCUGCGUAACGCCCAGCGCGCCGUGGUGGCCGUGCGCCAGGCGCUGGCCGUGCUGUCGCGCGGCGCGCCGCAGCUCUUCAACGACCCCAACCUGCAGCCGGCGCUGGGCGCGCUGGGCGCGGGCACGGGCGAGGCGGAGCGCGCGCUCGUGUCGCUGAGCGGCGCGCUGGAGUGUCGCAUGGCGCGCGCCUACUUCGUGGCGGCCGCGCGCGCCGCCUGCGACGGCGGCCUGCAGGCAUUAUCUCUGCAAUUGUUGGCUGCUAUAAUCGCGGGAUUCCUGUUCACCGCUAUCGUUCUAGUCGAUUCCCAUGCUUGGAUAUACAUCAAUCCUAAACGUAGCGUGUCGGGCGAGGAGCAGGCGCCGUUCCUGUCGACGAGUAGCGCGGGCUCGCGCACGCUGCCGCGCCCCGCGCCCUUCCCCAACGGCAAGCCGCCGUCCUACAGCGCCGCCGUGCAGCUAAUGGACCUCGCCGACCGCGACCGCGAGCGAGACCGCGAGCGCCCCAGGUCGCGCAUGUCGGGCAGCGCGACGUUGGGGCGCGGUGCGAGCGGCGCGCCGGCGCUGGGCGCGCUGGGCGGCUCGCACACGCUCGGCCGCGCGCACAACGGCAAGUACGCGACGCUCAGCAAGCAGUGCAAGACGCUCGAGAGCAACGACUUCUACUGA